AUGAUACCGUACAUUGGGGUCGCGAACUUUGCCGUGCAGUACUGCUAUCCUGGCUACGAGACGGUGCGCCUGCUGAUACAGGACAAGCCGUCCAGCAACCUACUGACGCAGUGGACGUUCUACUGGCUGAUAUGCGCCAGUUUCCUGCAGCUUGAGAGCACGCUGCUGGCGCUCGUCGUUGAGUAUCUCCCGCUGUACCUUGAGUUUAAGACCUUGUGCUUACUAUGGCUCGUGCACCCCAACUACAAGGGUGCUCUGUGGUUGUGGCACGGCAAGUUGAAGGAGCCCUAUGCCUCUGUCGAACACAGAAUCCGUCAAUUGCAGCAGCCAAGUGGCAAUGACCUCGUUUGGAUGGAGAGCCAUGAUUGCCAGAAGAGCUGCCGCGCAAGCCGCGCAAGGCACGAGCUGCCCAGUGAUGGGAAGAGCUUGCUGUGGCUGGAGGCUGCAGUCUGCCGGGAAGGCGCCUCUUGCCAAGCCUCCGUCGCCGCGGCGCAGCUCUGCGCCUCCACCACCCGGGAGUUCCUGGAGCGCCUUCUGGCCGCAAAGCGCUGGCGGGCACUCCUCGAGGACGGCACGGGGGCCCGGCUUGUUGCGGCAAUGGGCAUGCCGAUGCAAGAGCUGAUGGGCGUCCUGGACUGUGUCCAGCCACCUCCGGGAGCAGAGAUGCCCGUGGCCCUUGCCCAGCUGCUGCGAAGGACGUCGCCCCAAAAUCCCGAAAACCCUGAGAACCCUGCCAGCCCCUUUGAGUCGAUGCACGCUGUGGUGGAUGCAGGGGCACCUGCGUUGGCAGUGCAACUGCAAAGUGUGCCCCCGGCUGUGGCAGAAGGCCUCGGUGGAGUUCUCCGCCUGCAGGACUUGGUAAGGGCUGCAAAGCAAGCCGCAGUGCCUUCCGCGGUCACAUCAGGCCUUCAGAUGCUUAUCGGCGCCUCUGCUGACGACCGUGAGGAUUGGCGGGAUGCCUUCAAGGCCACUGUCACCGGCCUAAGGCAGCUGCGCCAGGACAUGGCCGCACUGGCGGAGGCAGACACAGGCGUGCUGCUCGUGGUGCAUUGGCCAGGCCCGGGCGAGCGUGCUGCCCAACGGCUCGUGGACCGCCUGAGUCCGAUUUGUGCAGUGCUCAUUGGCUUCCCGGACAAUAUCGUGCCCCCGUGGCUCUCUGGUAUUCCAACCGUUUCGCUGCCGGCCAUGGAGGAACGAUCUCCUGGGCUUGGCGAGUUGCGCAAACUGGCUGAAGCCAUGCUGCGCGCGUAG